AAUCUUCCUGAGCCAUGCGUACUGAGGGCUCGCCGUCGACUCUCGGUGGUUGUUGUUAUGAUUGAAGCAGGCCUCGGACUAAAUUAAAAAGUUCUCCCGCCGCUGCCCCGGGACACCUGCUCAUGGAGGGCAUGGACGUCGAUCUGGACCAGGAGCUCAUGCAAAAGUUUAGUUGCAUGGGCACCACGGAUAAAGAUGUGCUGAUCUCUGAGUUCCAGAGGCUGCUGGGCUUUCAGCUGAACCCGGCCGGCUGCGCCUUCUUCCUGGACAUGACCAACUGGAAUCUUCAAGCAGCCAUUGGAGCAUAUUAUGACUUUGAGAGUCCGAAUAUCAACACACCAUCAAUGUCUUUUGUAGAAGAUGUGACGAUCGGCGAGGGCGAGUCCGUGCCCCCUGACACACAGUUCACUAAGACGUGGCGGAUACAGAACACAGGAUCAGAGUCAUGGCCUCCAGGUGUCUGUCUGAAGUACAUUGGUGGAGACCAGUUUGGGCACGUGAAUAUGGUGAUGGUGAGGUCUCUGGAGCCACAAGAAAUCUCAGAUGUCAGUGUCCAGAUGCACAGUCCAGCCAAUCCAGGCAUGUACCAGGGCCAGUGGAGAAUGUGCACAGCGACUGGACUCUUCUACGGAGAUGUGAUCUGGGUGAUCCUGAGCGUAGAGGUUGGUGGUUUGCUUGGGGUCACACAACAGCUGUCCUCCUUCGAGACCGAGUUCAACACUCAGCCGCACCGCAACGUUGAGGGAGACUUCAACCCCUUUGCCUCACCACAGAAGAACAAGCAAGACGCCAAUGAAGAUAACCUAAAAGACACCAGAGGCCCCUGGGUGGCCCCUCUGGACUCCAUACAGCAAGAUCAAAAUGGACUGUCUCACAAUUCUGUAAAUAUUACGCCAAAUGGUCUACAAAACAACUUAUCAGUAGUGACUUACAGCCAGGGCUGUCAUGGGCCCUACCCUUUUGGACAGUCUUAAGAGACAAGAAUCAUCACCACCUGGCAGCUCAGUGGAGCCGUCACUCUGGAAUCCCCCUUUUCUGCGGGGUUACGCAGGGGAGCAACAGAUUUCUUAUAAAGACUUGACAACCCUACUCUCCCCUUGCAUUACAACACAACCUAAGAAAUGGACAAGGCUGUUUGGAUCUAAAUCAAUAUUCAGCCAUCUUCAACACGCAUGUGUGAAUGCUAAAUUAAAAUGAGUGCUAGAAAUCCUCAAAGUCAAAUACACAGAUUUUUGUUUUUAUUGUCACGUUGCUGCAAUAGUCAGGUGAGCUGGUGUGUGUGUGUGUGUGAGAGAGGGAGAGAGAGAGAGAGAGAGAGAGAGAGAAUGUGUGAGACAGGUAGAGUGUGUGCUUGUAAGCUUGUGUGUGGACCAUGCACAAAAGAGAUGAAAAAAGCCAUUGAAAAAUACCUUUUGCUUGUCAAGAAGUUUUUAUAAUUUACUUUGUGAGCCGUAUGAUUUUACUAAAAAAAAAUCAUCAUUUUUAAAAAAAAAAAUAUUGAUUCGUUCUAAACUGCUAGACAUUUGUCUGUUUUUUUCAGAGUUAUUAUCGGAGAUCUCACCAGUUCAUCUAAAAGUUUAAAACAGCUUUUAGGAUCACUUGCACAAACUUAAUAGUAGUGCUUGUUAAAGGCCAGGAGAUGGAACUGUUGAACCUCUGAAUAUAUAAAAACACAGCUGUGUAAAACUGUAAAGCUUAAUAGGCCCCUCAAUUCCUCUGUGCAAAUUUCACAAACGAAGAUUUUUACAGAUCCCAAAUGCAUCGUUAUUAUAUUGUUGGGCCCUGUGAUCUUUUCAUUGUGGUCACAUGUGAUGUUCAUUUUCCUUCGAAGGCCGAGAGCUUUUGCGGUUGUGUGGUGGUUCAAAUCCUAGCAGCUCACCAUUAUGGCAUAAAUGUUUAGCUCCAGCAUUAAUUUCUUGAAAACAUUUUUAAGCAAGGGUCUUCAGAAGCACAUUGUUAUUGAUUAUUUAGGUAUUUUCAGUUCCACAGACUUUUACAAAUUAAAUUUAUCAAACUCUCUGCACACUUUUUUUUUUCUUCUUCUUCUUCUUCUUUCAUAUCUGGCAUUUCUUUAUUAAACCCUAAUGUAUAAAAUGCAAACAAAUUAAUAUUUACAGGGAAAUAAUUCUUAGCCUAAACCAUGUUUACACAAGUCUAUGAAAGAACAUGAUGUAUUCAGUAUGUCAGUGUAUGCAUUACACACAUAUUUAUAUAAUUUAAAAUGAAAUUUAAACUUUGUAAGAAUCAGUAAAUCUGAUUAUUUCAGUUUUCAUUGGCUGAAACCAGUGUGUAGUAUCCCAGUAUAAGUCACCAUGUAAAACAAGCCAUCAGAAAACAAAUGCAAGGUGGAUGAUGCUUUGUGUCCACAUUCACUGUCAUGUUGUGAUAAAUAGAUCAUUGGAAUUUCAUUUGAUGAUGAUGAUCAGCUACACUAAGAAACGUUUGGCAAAAUGGCUCUCCUUGCUAUGCAUCUGGUGAUUGAUGAAGGGAAGGUCACUGACAUGUAAGCUUAGACUUUGUUUUCUGUAUUGUAUAUGUUUUUAGUUCAAAUCACUGAUUAUCUAUGCAGUGUUUGAAGGGAUUAUCUGUUUUUUUGGUUGGUUGUUUGUUUGUUUCUCCAAGUAAACACAAUAUGUUGGAAAUCAUCAAUGCCAUAGAGCUAGCUGAGGUCGUCUUUGAUUGCCAUAGAGAUUAGACAGGGAAAAUUCCUUCAGCUUUCUUGAUUGCGAAUGUUGUGUACUGCCUCAAGGACAGUCUCAUGGUCUGAAGAGUCAAGUCUUCCUUGGAGUUGUUUUGUUGAAUGUCCUCAUCCCAACUGCACAGAUAUAAUUAUUUCUCAUUGACUGUUGCUGUCCAGCUUAAUGUGUGCGAGAGGCUAUAUUUGAGUGACAAGUAGCUCUGUUGUGCAUUCUUUUAAAAUUUCUUUUUGUUUGCUGUUGAGUUUUCUGCACGGUGGCAUGGUGAAUGGAUGAGCAGAGUGUUUGCAUAGAGACCUGUGGUAGCACAUUUAACAAGAAGAGAAAAAUACAGAAAUGAAACCUUUUUUUCCUGUAUGUGUAAAUGAACAUUUCUAUAAUUAAAUGAAUACUUAAGAAUUAA